GAAUAAUUCGAGCAAGUAUGUACUAGAUGUAAUUGAUCUUGAGGGAACAUAUUUUUAAAGACAAUGGGCGAUUUAUCUGAUGAUGAAGACGUACCUGAUCUCGUAGAAGUUGAUGUGAAGAAAGUACCUAUUACAAUUAUAACAGGAUAUUUGGGCGCUGGUAAAACAACAUUAUUAAAUUAUGUUUUAACAGAACAGCAUGGUAAAAAGAUAGCUGUUAUACUUAAUGAAUUUGGUGAAGGUGAUUCUAUAGAAAAAUCCAUGUCAAUUGGAGAAAAGGGUGAACUAUUUGAAGAAUGGCUAGAAUUGAGAAAUGGGUGUUUGUGUUGUUCAGUAAAAGAUAAUGGUGUAAAAGCUAUAGAAGAUUUAAUGACCAAAAGAGGAAAAUUUGACUACAUUUUAUUAGAAACAACAGGAUUGGCUGAUCCAGGUCCAAUAGCCAGUAUGUUUUGGUUAGACGAAGAACUGUGUAGUGAUAUAUAUCUGGAUGGUGUUAUUACAGUGGUAGAUUCUAAAUACUGUCAAAAGAACCUCGAUGAAAAGAAACCAGAUGGAAGUCUUAUAGAAGCAGCUAGACAAAUAGGUUUAGCUGACGUAAUUAUAGUUAAUAAAACAGAUUUAAUACAAGAGCAGGAACUCAAAUCUUUAAGAGAAAAUAUUAGAACUUGUAAUGGUUUUGCUAAAAUGAUAGAAACUACCAGAGCUAGAACAAAUAUAGAUGAUAUUUUAGAUCUACAGGCCUACAGUGGUUUAGGUUCAGAUAAGUUAGAGAAAUUAUUUAAAGAUAGAGGUUUUAAUGAAGAAGUAAAACAUCAAAUUGAUCAGACCAUUAGGACAGUCACAAUAGAUACAGAAGGCUCCAUGUGUAAAAAACAAUUUGAAAAUUUUCUACAAAAUUUAUUAUGGGAGAAGAAUAUUAAAAAUUGCAAGGAUCAAGUGACAGAGAUACUUCGUCUUAAGGGAAUAUUGUCCUUUGACAGUGAAGAUCAAUGUUUUGUCAUUCAAGCCGUCCACCAAACUUACGAUUUUCAAGCUACAACAACGGCACAUGGUGAUAGAAACCAAAUAAACAGAUUUGUAUUUAUAGGAAGAAAUUUAGAUAAAGUAAUUUUACAAGAAAAUCUACAAAACUGCUUGGUGAAAUGAAAGCCUGUGAAAAACUGAUUUAUUUAUUUAUUGAAGAUAGCUACAUACAGGAAGAAGCUUUUUGAAUGAGUUGAAAGACAACAUUCAUUUUGUAAGAAAAACUCCUACUGCUUUGGUGUUAAUACAACUCAGGGUCACUUUAGCAUUGAUGUGAUAGGAGCUUUAGUAAAUGCAUUAGAUCUCCAAAUUCAUACACCUGCAUCUGAAACUAGAAUUCUCAUCGUGCCAAGUACCAGAAUUUUUGACCCAAGAUACCUAGCUUUUGCUUACUCUAAAUCUUGAAUUUCCAAAGCAGUUCAUCAAGGAACUGUGGAUUCAGGGGUCGUAAUUUAAAUUACAUGAGCCAUGCCCACUAAUUUAUGUCAGCAUAUGGCAUUUUAGGACGAUAAUGAAAACAGUCCAAUGACUUGACAUGGCCAGGUAAUAUGGGAUUCACAUAAUAAAAGGGAAAACUCAACAGAAAAAGAAAUCUAGUACUUCUGUACAGGUGUUUUUGGAUGUGAUUCAUGCAAAUAUAAACAGAGAUAAUUAAAGAUACAUUAGAUAAAGAGCUGGCAGUUUUCACUAUAAUAAUGAAAAACCAGAUAAUGUAAAGGGGAUAUGCUGAAAAUUUCAGUCCAUCAGUUCAAUUGCUUCACUCUUAAGCCAAGAAAAACUUUUAUUUUAAAAUCACUGUCACAAUAAUUAACAGUCUCGAUUAUUCAUUUUUGCACUUUAAUCAUCAUUGAGUGUUGAACAGCAGAUCGGAUUCAAAUCCAAUGAAAAUCGGACACAUGAGAUGGCAUCAAGAGUUGAUUAUGGUCUUUUCAUGUUAAUAAAUGUCUAAUAGUCUAUAUAACAUUUCAGGCCUAAAGAAAGACCUGCAAUAGGCAUAUUUAGCUCCUGCAUAAUAUGUUUAAGCAACUUUUGAUAGGGAUCUUUGUUAAUAGUUUAAAACAUCUCUCUAAGAUUUAAAAUAAAUAUGUCAUCAUUUAAUUUUUUUAUAUGUUUAUUAUUAAUCAAUACAUAAAACUAUAUAAAUG